GUAAAAUGCUACUUUAUCGCCGACAAAUAAACAUUUUGAUUCAAGUCAAAAAUAUGUAUAAGAAAGCUUUGAUAGUUUACUAUACCAGUUUUCCCUGUUCAUUGUCUGUCUUCGCAAAGAACAUGAUGACAAUAACCAGGGAACAGGCCAUAUGUAUGUUGUAUUGUGCAACUUAUACCGAAGAAAACGUAAAGAAGCUUGUUCCCAUGAUCAAUGCUUUGCAAGGUUUAAAGAUCUGCUAUAAGGAAGAUCCUAUGGAGUCAGUGUUAUUUUCUUCAGAUAAUCUCAAAACUCAUACUGCCAAAUGUCGCAAAUAUCCUGCUACUAUACAAAGCUUAGACUUUUCUUAAAAUUUCAAACAGCCCGAAAUAACAGAGAAAGUGUUAAGUCUCGGCAUAGACUGAUAUAUAAUAUAUAUUGAAAAUAAAUAAGGUUUAUUUCAAG